AUGCCUUCUGAAGAGACAAAGGAGCGAAUUAUCAAGGCCGUCGACAUGGCACGCAUUGCCGUCCACUACGCCUGGAUUCCUUUCAUUAUCUACGUUGGCUACACGAGGAGCAACCCCCAACCAUCACUUAUCAAGCUCAUUAGCCCCCUUGCAUGA